AUGGAUUCUCAUUUCAAAAGUUAUGAUUAUGAUCCAAGCCGAAUAUUCGAAAUUGAGAAAACACUUGUCGAUGAUGGUUAUGUUCGUAUUCAAUUCUCUGAUCAACGUUUACCAAAUGACAAUGAUUUCCCUACAAAUAUGGAGAAAUUUUUCAUUAACAUUAUUGAAAAACUCGGUGGACAAUGUUUGACACAUAAUGAACAAAACGACUCUUUUGUUUGGCAUGUUCAACCAAUUCAAACUAAUUCAAAUAUACAAAAACAAUCAUUAGCUCGUUCACAAACUGAUGAUGAAUUUGUAUUUCAUACUGAUUGUUCAUAUGAGAUAAAUCCACCUGAAUAUAUGGCAUUAUUUGUUCUAGAACAAGAUCAAUUCGGUGGUGG